GGGCUAGGGGGCUUCCUGGGAACCAGUGCAGACUGGGACUCGCUGGGAAACACAGCAGAAAAGAGUACUGUGCAGGGAUCUUACUGUGUGUGUGUGUGUUUAAAGAAGCCUGCUGUGUACCAAUAAGAGCAAAAUCAAAAAGGAAAAGGUCAUGUAGGUUCACCAGCAUGCGUGUGUGUCUGUGUUUAUUCUAUGUUAAAUUAAGAGACCAAAAGCUUUGGGCAAAAUAUUCCUUGUUUAUUAUUUUUAUUAAAAUUGUUGUGUCUGUGUCUGUCUCUGUCUGAGUGGCUGUGUCUCUGUGUCUCUUUGUUGCUGUGUCUGUGUUUUUGUUUUUUUUUUAAUGGGGGGAGAUGCAUGUUUUGCUACUGUAUCCCACUGUUGGGACGACCACCACUAGUUUCCAACAAAUUAAUUUUGUCUAACAAUCAAAGUAAAAGUGCAAAGCUGCUUUAGUUUCAGCCACCUGGGGAGCUGCGUGGCUUGUGCUCUAGAGCUUGUUUCCUGGCUGCUCAUUUAUUAACCAGAUUGAAGCAGAAGUCCGUUCAGAAAUACUAAAUCCAAUUGAACUGAUCUCGUGUUAGACCACAAACCAGCAAAGCUUCGGAGCUUUGUGAUACAUACUGUAAACAUGUGGACAAAGAGUUAAACUUUUACAGCAACUUUGAUUUAAAAGUAAUCCGAUCUCAGUUUGCCAACGGUAAACUUGUGACACUGCGCCUGUCGCUAUCUGCAGCUUCCUUGUACACCCAGUCAGGUAUCAGAUGUAAUCUUUGUAUGUAUGAGAACAGUAUUUGCCAAUCCGCUCCGAUGACAAUAGUGCUGCUGUGCUGUGCUGGUGCAGCAUGGGUCUGCACUCCGAUUACACUCAGACUAUCCUAGCCCACAUGCUGCACUACACCGAGGCACAGAGCAGCAAUGAACUAUUCCUGAGCCAGCAGACAGAGGAAGGGACAGUUCUCCAGAAUCGCUGAAUCAUGACACUCAGUGGAUACUGGUCCCAGUUUGAGAAGGAGUUCCUGGCCUCUCACAAUGAUUACCGGCAGCAGCACGGAGCCCCAGCCCUGAAGCUCAGCCGUGAUCUCAGCGAGGCCGCGCAGGAAUGGGCCGAGCACCUGCUGAAGAUCAGAGCCUUGAAGCACGGCUGCACAGGAGAGAAUCUGUACUUCAGCAGCAGCUCCGUGCCCGCGGAGGUGUCAGGGAAGGAUGCUGUGGGCAGCUGGUACAGCGAGAUUAAGGACUACGACUUCAGCAAACCUGGAUUUGGAUUCAAUACAGGUCACUUCACCCAGGUAGUGUGGAAGAGCUCCACUGAGGUGGGAGUGGGGAAGGCCACUGAUGGGAAGAUGACCUUUGUGGUUGGGCGAUACAGCCCCCCCGGGAACCUCUCCAAUCCUGGGUACUUCCAGGAGAAUGUCCUGCCCAAGGGCAGUUCAGUGGGCAAGGAGAAGCCCGGCAGUGGCAUUGCCCCCUCUGCUGCAGCCCUGAAGCCAGGCCGUGCCCCCGCCGGACCCCCUCCCUCUGUGGGGGAGAGCUCUGGGUUCGAGGCAGAGGUGCUGGAGACUCACAACGCUUACCGUCGGCAGCACGGAGCCCCUUCACUGCGCCUGGACGCGGGGCUGUGCCGCGAGAGCCAGGAAUGGGCCGAUCAUCUUCUCAGCCUCCGCGCCCUGCAGCACAGCAACACCAGCUACGGGGAGAACAUCUGGUUCAAGUGGAGCUCCAACAAGACGGACUCCACUGGUGAAGAGAUUGUGGAGUCGUGGUACAGCGAGAGCAAGGAUUACGAUUUCAAACAGCCGGGGUUCCAGAGCAACACAGGUCACUUCACCCAGGUGGUUUGGGUAGGCUCCCAGAGGAUGGGCAUCGGCAAGGCAACGGACGGUGAAGGAAUGGUGAUCGCGGUGGCUCGCUACCACCCGGCCGGUAACAUCUCCAACGCGGGGUACUUCGAGAAGAACGUGGUGCCCAAGGGUACCCCACCAGCAGGGGGCGCCAGCAGGGACCCAGAGCCAAAGAAGAAAGAGAACGAGACAGCUUCAGCGGGGAACAGCAGCGUCCCAGGCUCAGGCAGCUUUGUGCUGGGCUUCCUGGAGUCGUGUAAUGAGCAGAGGUCUGCUCACGGAGCCAAGCCCCUGACCGAGGACCCUGAGAUGAGCAGGGGGGCAGAGAGCUGGGCCCGGCACCUCCUCUCCCAGGGCAGACUCAAGCACUCCACCACCUCCCACGGGGAGAACAUCUGGGCCAAGAUGGGCGGGGCGGACGCCACGCUGACAGGGCAGGAGGUGGUGGACGCCUGGUAUGAGGAAAUGAAGAACUACGACUUUUCCCAGCCGGGUUACCAGGAGAAAACAGGGCACUUCACCCAGCUGGUGUGGCGCGGGUCUCGCGCGGUGGGGGUGGGCAGUGCCUCGGACAGGAAGGGCACAGUCAUCGUCGUGGCGCAGUUCCAGCCGCCCGGGAACAUCACCAACCCCGGGUUCUACAAGCGCAACGUCCUGCCCGCCGGGUCGAAGGUCACCGACCAGCCCGAAGAGGAGGCUGCUGGGAAGAAGACCGCGGGUGGCAGCGUCGCCCCCAUACCAGGGAAGGAGCUGGAUCAGUUCUCUCGCUCUCUGCUGGACACAGUGAACCAGUUCAGGAAGCAGCACGGGGCGGGGCCUCUCAAACUAAGCCCCGCCCUCUCCAAGGAGGCGCAGGAUUGGGCGGAACACCUACUGCAGAUCAAAGCCCUGCAGAGCAGCGACACCGAGCACGGAGAGAACCUCUGGUACCGCUGGGCCUCCAGCACAGCGCCCCCUACAGGUACGGAGGUGGCAGAGUCCUGGUAUAAAGAAUGCAGCAAAUACGAUUUCAGCUCUCCAGGCUUCACGAGCGGCGCAGGCAACUUCACUCAGAUGAUCUGGAGAGCCUCGUUGCAGGUGGGAACAGGACUGGCGACGGACGGACAGGGAAUGUUCAUCGCCGUCACGUUCUACGACCCCCCCGGAAACAUCGCCAACGAAGGCUACUUCCAGGACAACGUGCUUCCCAAGGGGACCAGGCUCUAGAGGCAGGACGGAGCGCGUGGUGAGGAAGCACGGACCGGGACCAGAUUGUCAAGCAUUGUUUUAAACUGAGCCGCUUCCCAAAUCCCUGCGAUAGCAGCACUGUGAUUCCCUCAUCUAAUCUGUCACUGUGGGUGUCAUUGUAACCAUGUUAAGUUUCCUAGCUAUGUAUCUGUGUUGUAAUGCAUAUAUGUUUGUUUGUUUUUUUCAAAGUUGUUGGCAGGGCAACUCCAUUAAAUUAUAAAUAAAAAAAUUGUGACCAUA